GUCUUCCAGAGCUACAUUCCUCGGGUGCCCCUGCCCGGGCUGUAAUAAGGAGGGGGCAGGCACACAUGGCAGGCUGGUGGCAGCUGCACUGAGACACAGCUGGGAAGAGCAGCAUGCAGCAGGAAGGCGCUGCCCCCGGCUCCCCCAUAGCUCUGCUGACUCUGGAGGGAACGGCGCUGGUGCAAUGAGGGGCAGCAACGGCAGCAUCCCCGGGAGGGGGCGCAGAGUAUGUAUGACCAACUGCCCCACUCUCAUUGUGAUGGUGGGUCUCCCAGCCCGAGGCAAGACUUACAUCUCCAAGAAAUUGACUCGCUAUCUGAACUGGAUUGGGGUUCCAACCAAAGAAUUUAAUGUCGGGCAGUACCGCAGGGAUCUUGUCAAGUCUUUCAGGUCCUUUGAGUUCUUCCUACCAGAUAAUGAAGAAGGCCAGAAAAUACGAAAACAAUGUGCCUUACUGGCUUUAAAUGAUGUCAAGAAAUAUCUGGCAGAGGAAGGUGGACAUGUAGCAGUUUUUGAUGCGACAAACACAACCCGCGAGCGACGGGAGACCAUCCUUAAGUUUGCUGAUCAGCAUGGCUUCAAAACUUUCUUUGUGGAAUCUGUGUGUGUGGAUCCGGAGGUCAUCGCUGAGAACGUUGUGCAAGUGAAGUUGGGCAGCCCAGACUAUCUGGACUGCACCAGUGAGGAGGCCGCAGAUGAUUUCAUGAAGAGGAUAGAGUGCUACAAGAAUUCCUACGAGACGCUGGACGAGAACCUUGACAAGGAGCUGUCGUACAUUAAGAUCAUGGAUGUUGGCCGUAGAUAUCUAGUUAACCGUGUUGUGGAUCAUAUCCAGAGCCGGAUUGUUUACUACCUCAUGAAUAUCCAUGUGACCCCACGAUCCAUCUACAUGUGUCGACAUGGGGAGAGCGAUCUGAAUGUGGAGGGGCGCAUUGGAGGAGAUUCUGGCCUGUCUAAUCGAGGAAAGGAGUUUGCAAAGUGCUUGGCUGAGUACAUCCAUGAGCAGAACAUCCAUGAUCUGAAAGUGUGGACGAGUCAGAUGAAGAGGACUAUACAGACCGCAGAAGCUCUUGGAGUCCCGUACGAGCAGUGGAAGACCCUGAAUGAGAUUGAUGCUGGCGUAUGUGAAGAGAUGCGGUAUGAAGAAAUUCAGGAAUCCUUUCCUCUGGAGUUUGCUCUGCGCGACCAAGAUAAAUACAGAUACCGUUAUCCAAAGGGAGAGUCUUAUGAGGACUUGGUGCAGCGUCUUGAGCCAGUCAUUAUGGAGCUGGAACGGCAGGAGAACGUGAUGGUUAUCUGCCAUCAAGCAGUCAUGCGAUGCCUGCUGGCCUAUUUCUUGGACAAAACUGCAGAUGUACUGCCUUACCUCAAGUGCCCCCUACACACUGUCCUGAAGCUUACCCCUGUAGCUUACGGUUGUAAAGUGGAAGCGGUCUGUCUAAAUGUGGAUGCAGUAAACACGCACAGGGAUAAACCUGAGAACGUAGAUAUAUCCCGCUCGCCCGAGGCAGCCCUGAUAACUGUGCCUGACCACCGUGGACCCAAUAAUGAAUGUUGAUGUUGAUCGCUCCAGUGAAGAAGCGCUGAAGACAGUACCGAACCAUCUUUAGCCAUAUCCUCCAUUUAUUACAGUGCAGUACCCUCUGGCAGCUGGUGGGGUUAAAGCGUAUAACCUCUAUAGUCAUUGCUGCUGUUUAACAAUGUUACUACAGGCACCGUUUUUAGUGUUCAGGUGGUAUAUAUGUUAUUUUUUUUUUUUAAGUCACAAAUAUUGUGAUAAUCGGUUUAAGCACUCCUUUUUAUAUAUCGGGAACAUAUAUUGAUGUCGUUUUCAUAGCUUUGUUUGGCCAUUUCAAUGCAUUUUCCUCUCAAACUAUGGCAGCUAUGCCAUCUCGCCACAUCCAGGUUAAAGGGAGUCUGUCUCCAAAUUUUCACCCAUUAAACUAUCAGCAAUGGCCAGCAGAACGUUGCCCAAGCAUGCUAGACAUACCUUCUGUUGUUUCUGUCUGUAGUGAAUGUCCUGGAAAAGCACUUUUAAUAGUAUGAGACAAUAGAUGUAAAGUGCUUUACUUUUCAAAGUGCCCAUGCCGUCAACCCGUCCCCGUGCGGUGUUCCACCCUUAAGCUCCAAUGUCACUCUGAUGCAACCCUUCCCUGCUGCUUGCUCCUCCUGUAAGCUGUGCCUCUCAUCCUCCCCCUCUCCCCUGACGUCAAGGAGAUGCUUUGGCAAACAUUGCUGCACUUCUGUCUUCUGCAUAGAACAUUCCCUCUAGUGGGGAGUUACCUAAGGGGAUUGUUUUGGGCAUGCGCCGGAAGUGCAACAUACAUUGCCUGCACAAGACUUUCCGAAGCGCCUCCCUGACGUCGGGGGAGAGGGGAGGAUGCCAAGAACAGCCUACUGGAGGAGCAAGCGGUGGAGAAGCACCUCCCUGACAUCAGGGGAGAGGGGGAGGAUGCCAGGAACAGCCUACUGGAGGAGCAACGGGUGGAGAAGCACCUCCCUGACGUCAGGGGAAGGAUGCCAGGAACAGCCUACUGGAGGAGCAAGCGGUGGAGAAGCACCUCCCUGACGUCAGGGGAGAGGUGGAGGAUGCCAGGAACAGCCUACUGGAGGAGCAAGCGGUGGAGGAUGCCAGGAACAGCCUACUGGUGGAGAAGCGCCUCCCUGACGUCAGGGGAGAGGGGGAGGAUGCCAGGAACAGCCUACUAGAGGAGCAAGCGGUGGAGAAGCACCUCCCUGAUGUCAGGGGAGAGGGGGAGGAUGCCAAGAACAGCCUACUGGAGGAGCAAGCAGUGGAGAAGCACCUCCCUGACGUCAGGGGAGAGGGGGAGGAUGCCAGGAACAGCCUACUGGAGGAGCAAGCAGUGGAGAAGCACCUCCCUGACGUCAGGGGAGGAUGCCAGGAACAGCCUUCUGGAGAAGCAAGCGGUGGAGAAGCACUGCAUCAGAGUGACUUUGGUGGAGGGGGGAGGAAACUAUUGCAGCUUAGGGGAGGUACACAGCGCGGAGAGGGGCAGCAGGCUUUGGCGAAAAUUGGAGUCAUUUUCCAUACAAUUAAAACUGCUUUUAUAGGACAUUCACUAGAGACAGAGUGAAAAUUUGGUGACAGACUCCCUUUUAAAGGGGUUAUCCAACUGCCUAUAAUGACCCUCCCCCUCCUCAGUGCCCCUCAUAUAGGUUUAUACCUACUUUGCUCCCUGCACAGCCGCCGCUGCAUCUUCCUCUCGCAGGUAUCGCCCGCUAUGCUAUUGGUGACGCACACCCCCACAUGUAUCCGGUUGUUUUGAUCUGUACAAUGGGGAGAUGCAUUGGCGGCAAUACAGGUAUCAGAAGGGACGCUGGUGCUGGGGAGCAGGGUAAGUAUAAUCUAUAUAAGGUGCCAGGGCAUUGGGGUGUCAUUAUAGGGGUUGGAUAACCCCUUUUAAGAACACAAGCAACCUAUGAAUUUCUUCUGACACCAGCGAAUCGGCAGUGGAGUGCUGCUAUUCUGCCACCAGAGGGCAGACACUUCACAUUCACUGUGCAGCUGCAGGCUAUAUGAAGUGUUUCUGAACCUCUCAUUUAUGUUGCACUAUACCAGGGGUCAGCAACCUUCGGCACACCAGAUUUUGUGAAACUCCCAGCAUGCACAGUUGCUCAGCUCUUGGAAUUCCAAUAGAAGUGAGUGGAGCAUGCUCGGAGUUGUUGUUUCCCAAUGGCUGGAGGUUGCUGAUCCCUGCACAAUACUGUGCCAUGCAGAGCGUUUGGUGUUCACAGGAAAAUUGCAUUGCCUUGUUAGUUUUAAGCCAUCUGAUGCCUAAAUGAAGGCAUGCAGCAGAGGUAGAGGUGCUUGGACCUCUUGUGAUGGGCAUUUUGGAUGAUGAGCUCUACUUUCUGCCAUAAUUACUGUUAUGGUAGCUUUAUAUAAAAGGAAAAAUCCAACUGUAGGAGUUAUUAUUUAGUUUCAUAUAGUUCUUUUACCCAUCCUGGUUUGUCAGACUGACCUAUGGAGUUGCAAUCAAUGCAGUGUAACACAAGCUUUAUUGGAACCCCUUUUAUUUGCAUUGCCAAAAAAUGGUUCCUAGAAUUACAGGUCAUUGCGUGUAAAGCACAAGAAGGGUUUGCAGAAAGCAUUUG